AUGGAGAUAAUUGGUUCAGCGAACCAAAAGAAAGCCGGAGGUGUUCAGAGAUCAGUUAUUAAUUUCUUCACGGCCAUGUCUGAAAAAUUAAUGGAGAACGUGAAAAAAACGAAGAAAAUCGGAGAAGAUGAUCCAAGAAGAAUAGUACACUCAAUUAAGGUUGGAUUGGCUCUUACGUUAGUGUCUUUGUUCUACUACUUCAGACCUUUGUAUGAUGGCUUCGGACAAGCUGGAAUGUGGGCAAUCUUGACUGUUGUCGUCGUUUUCGAAUUUACUAUCGGUGGAACGCUAUCGAAAAGUAUAAACCGAGGUGUCGCAACAUUGUUGGCCGGUGCGUUAGGGGUCGGAGCCGAGUAUCUGGCCGGCCUCUGCGGCGACAAAGGAGAGCCGAUUGUUCUUGGCCUUUUGGUCUUUCUUCUAGCUGCAACAUCGACGUUUACGCGAUUUAUCCCACACGUAAAGAAGAAGUACGAUUACGGGGUGCUGAUAUUCAUACUCACUUUCAGCCUGGUUGCCGUUUCGGGUUAUCGGGUCAACCUGAUUUUGCAGCUUGCCCAUCAAAGGCUGGCCACAAUUCUGCUGGGCGGGGCGACAUGCAUCAUAAUAUCCAUAUUCGUUUGCCCCGUUUGGGCGGGUCAGGAUUUGCACAAUCUCGUUUCUGGAAAUAUCGAAAAGCUCGCCACCUUCUUAGAAGGUUUUGGAGGUGACGAUGAUAAAGACAAGUCGUAUCUCGAGGGCUAUAAAAACGUGCUAAACUCGAAAGCAACCGAAGAAUCCCUGGCAAACUUUGCAUGGUGGGAGCCUGCGCAUGGUGGUUUUAGAUAUAAUCAUCCAUGGAAACAUUAUUUGAAGAUUGGCGGUCUUUCGAGAGAAUGCGCCUCUCAUAUCGAAACACUCGCCGGAUAUUCCGUAAACUCGAAACAUACUCAGGCAAAGGUAUAAUAUUACUCAUUUAGACAUUUUC